AGACUUACAGCGUGCAGACUCACACGCCAAGACCAACUUCCGGGUUGAUGUCGAAAACCUUUAAAGGAGACGCACAGGACCUUAGCGCCGCAGCUGUGAUUAUUAGCAAAGAGUCAUAGGGCUGAUUUUACAAUUAAAAUGGGCGUGGGGGUGGAGGAAGAGUCAAAGCCCUAAACAUUUAUUCUAAAUCACAUUUCGUAUGCCCGUGCAUUGACAGCAGGGAGGGAGAGGCGGCAGCUUAGGUCCGGUCUGCAACUAAGGCCGCCAGUUGCGGACCAGGGCGAGGCCGAAAUCCUGAGAAAUACAGCAAAGGAGCAGCGAGGAGGUCCCGUUCAGCUGUUCUUCUGUCGCCAGCCAUGGCUGAAGCCCCGCAGGCUGGGGGGAGAGCGGCGACACCCCUGCAGUGCAGGCCCGGCACGAAGAGGGCGGACUUUUUUCACUCCCCAAAAGUACCCUGCCGAGAACCCUGCCAGCCCUGCAUGCGGCCAGCGGACCCGCUUAAAUUGCUCCGCGGCGCCCCCCCCCCCAGCGCCUGCAGACUUUGCACGCAGCCUCAACGGACUGUAAGAAGAGUCAUCUCUCGCUCAACCCCCCCCCCCCAGAACAAAAAGAAAUGCAGUUCACUCGAAGAGCAGAGAACACGGAUUUCCCUCUUUGCUCCGACCUUUUAUAUAGACAGUCUCUCCGCUGCUAAUGGGCAGCUCUCGCUCCUGCCCAGCCGGACAAGGGCCUUGAUGAGCUUCAAGUGCUUCCUCGAUUUAAACACGGCCAGCCUCUCCCAGGCCCUCGGGCGCUGCUGGGUUUCUGGCCUGCGGAAGGGCCGGGGCUCAGCCCGCGGGGGAGGGAGAGGCAGCCCCGAGCCAGAGGGACUCGGCGAAAGGCCCUUGGGAGGCUCCCCUGCUCCGGGGGAGCAGGAGCCGAGAGAGGAAAUCCCUUCCCGACAAAGCAGCAGCCUGCAAAGAGGCUGCGCGCCAUUGACUGCGGGAGCCUGGGCAGGCGGGAGUCUAUGCCCGAGUCUGCCCAAGGGGCCGCCGCCGUGACGCGACAGGAAGCUGCUGCCGACCAAGAUCCCGCCUGCCCGCUCGCUCUCGCCUGCAAUGCCUGCGAGGAUUUUGCCUUGAGGAGGAGAGCCGGCGAGGAGCCGCCGAGGUCUGGUGUUCAGGGCAGCUCCAGCCUCGACUUUGGGGUGCCACCUGAAAGCCCGCCGCUGCCCGCCACAGAUUCACUGCCGGGCAAAUGCCAGGUGCGGGCUGCGCUUUGCCCUGGCAUGCCGCUCAGGUGCCGAGGAAAGCUUCCUUCGCCUGGGCGAUGGCAUUAAAAUGCUGACAAGCGAUGCACAAAACAGGCUCUGCCACAGCAGCAGCAGCAGCAUCAAGUCUGGACAAAUGUGACCGGGAAGUGGAAGAGUCGUGGAGAGCUGCCGUUAAGGCGCAGGAGCAGAGGCGAGGAAAACAGGCAAUUAAGGCAUAUCCCAGCAUGGAUGCUGUUGCGAGCCACAGCUGUCACCUUCUUCAGCAGCUACAUGAGCAACGCAUUCAAGGCCUUCUCUGCGACUGCAUGUUGGUGGUCAAAGGUGUUUGUUUCAAAGCACAUAAAAAUGUGUUAGCUGCUUUCAGCCAGUACUUCAGGACCCUGUUCCAAAAUUCCUCAGGUCAGAAGAAUGAUGUGUUGUACUUGGAUAUUAAAAAUGUCGGCGGCAUUGGCCAGAUCUUGGACUACAUGUAUACAUCUCAUCUUGAACUCAAUCAGGACAAUGUGCAAACGUUAUUGGAUAUUGCACAGUGUCUGCAGGUGCAGAAUGUUCUGAACAUGUGCCGCACCUUUUUGAAAAGCCCCACGGGUGUCGAGCAGCCAGUCGGUGUGCCUUGCGGCAGUGCCUUCUCCUUGCAAAACGCUUUGGCUGAAGAUACAAAUGGGGAGAGUUAUGGCGCUAGUUUACUGCGUGGAGGUUCAUCGACUGUGGAGCCAUGUAAAGUCUUGGAUAACUAUAACCCACAUGGGCCGCAGCCUGUUUCACCUCACAUCUCAUCUGGUGAUGGAAACCAAGAGAAACAGGGUUCCGUGGAGGCUAAUUGCACAGAUCCCUCACUUAAACAGCCAAAUUGUCAUUACAAACUCCGUAACUUUUAUAGCAAACAGUUCUACAAGCAAACCACUUGUCCCAGCAACAGGAGAUCAGCAGAGCCAUCUUUUGAUUUCAGUCCCUCCGCAGAAGAAAGCCCGGCCAAAAAUGCACCACCCUGCACUAUUGGUCCUUCUGAAUGUGUUUUGGAAUCACCUGAUCACUUACCAGCAAACUUUCUGGUUCAGCCCUUAAAUGAGUGUCCCGAGGAUCAAGAAUCGGAAGGCGCAUCUUUACAGCCAGUCAAAGAGAUGAGGCUUAAAAAGGCCAUACAUCUUAAAAAACUGAAUUUUCUAAGGUCUCAAACCCCCGAACAAUCUUCUGUGCUUAAAAUUGCUGAUGGAGAGUUUGCAAGGGAAAGUGAGGUGGAAAGCCAAAGCAGCACAAAAAGGGCAAAUGCUGAUGCUCCUGAAGGAAAAGAAGUUAAACGUCUAGUGAGUUCAGAAUGCCUGGAGGAAAAUGUUGAACUUGAGGCAUCUCAGGAAGCUUCUGAGGCAGGUGGCCAGUUACCGACUUUCCUGCCGGAGAGGCAGUAUCCUUGUUCAUUGUGUGGGAAAGCUUUUAAGCACCCGAGCAAUCUGGAGCUGCACAUAAGGUCUCAUACAGGUGAGAAGCCAUUUGAAUGUAACGUUUGUGGCAAAUGUUUUUCACAGGCAGGUAAUCUUCAAACGCAUUUACGGCGGCACUCGGGUGAAAAACCGUACAUCUGUGAAAUCUGUGGGAAAAGGUUUGCUGCAUCUGGAGAUGUCCAACGCCACAUCAUUAUUCACACUGGAGAAAAGCCACACUUGUGCGAUAUUUGUGGUCGAGGAUUUAGUAACUUCAGCAAUUUAAAGGAACACAAGAAGAACCAUAGAGCUGAGAAGGUGUUCACCUGCGAUGAAUGUGGAAAAUCAUUUAACAUGCCCAGAAAGUUAGUAAAGCACAGGAUCAGACACACUGGAGAGAAACCGUACAGCUGCUCUGCUUGUGGAAAAUGCUUUGUGGGGUCUGGCGACUUACGGCGACAUAUCCGGACUCACACUGGGGAAAAACCGUAUAACUGUGAGACCUGCAAUAAAGGCUUUAGUCGCUCUGCUGUCCUGCGUCGGCACAAAAAAAUCCAUUGCAAAGUUGGCAACAGUGGUCCAAAUACACUGGAUGACUUUUCCCAGACAGUAGAAAUAUCUGAACUUGAGAAGCCCCAGAGCUCAGACUCAUUUGCCCAAGAAAUAUCCGUAACUUUAUUGCCAGUGUCAGUGAAGUUUCCCAUCCACCCAAACGGAAAUUCGACCACUGAAUUUGACAGCCCUGGGGCAACAUUCCGCAAGGCGCGACCCACCGUGCAACAGAAUGAGUGUGCGAACCAACAGAAAUUGAGCUUGGAUCCUGUUAAACUCUGCAAAUCUCAGCAAAGACCUAAUCGGACAUGCUAUUAUAAAGGUGUGGAUCUACCCCCUGAGGAGGAACCUCUGCAAUCUGAAGGCAAUUCCAUGACUCACACUUCCAUGGCUACACUGGGCAGCGGUUGCAGCAGUGAGCUGAGUAGUCGUGCGUCUUCUGCUGAAUACAGAAACAGUGAAGGACCAUUUUUCUCCAGUGUGACCCUCUGGGGUUUGGCUAUGAAGACGCUACAGAAUGAAAGUGAGCUGGGCCAGUGACAAGUUCACCUUAUGGUUUGUCGUCUUAAUAAAUGAAUGAAAACAAACAUUUGUACCGUGCACUGAACUAUUCAAAGUGUUUCCUGUACAGUGCUUUAUAAUCCUCACAACAGCCAUAUAAUACAAGGUCAAUCCCAUUA